UCCAGGGCUCUGCUCAGCUGAACGUCGGAACAGAGCAGAAAGCAGAGCAUCUCUCUCUCUCUCCGACAAUGGCGGUGGCGCUGCGAAAUCGCCUCUUCGCUCUGCAGCUGCACCCCCCCUCCCUUCUCCACCCCUCGCUCCGGCCGUCCCCGCACGCCCCGCUCUUCUCGCUGCCCGCCCGCCGCCGCCGCGGCCCGUGCUUCCACGCCUCCGCCGCCGCCGCCUCCGGAGCCGCGGGCCCGGCGGCCUCGGCCUCGGACGCGGCCCGGAUCUUCCAGAAGGUGUUCUUCGUCCCGCCCGGGGUCGACCCGGCCGAGGUCUCCGAGGACAUGGUGCUCCCCGGGUCGAACAUCGUCGUCGGGCCCUACGCGGGUCACGCCCAGAUCAAGGAGGUGGAGUUCCUGAAGAGCAGCGGGAGGGCCAAGGACUGUCCCAAGGACGGGAGGCCCGAGUUCGCGAUCUUGGGUCGGUCGAACGUGGGCAAGUCGUCGCUCAUCAAUGCUCUGGUUCGGAAGAAGGAAGUCGCGCUUACGUCCAAGAAACCAGGCAAGACUCAGCUUAUAAAUCACUUCCUGGUGAACAAGAGUUGGUAUAUUGUGGAUUUGCCGGGUUAUGGGUUUGCUAAGGCACCGGGAUCUGUUCGAAUGGAUUGGUCAGCAUUCACAAAGGGCUACUUUUUGAACAGAGAUACACUAGUUGCUGUCUUACUUCUUAUCGAUGCAAGUGUUCCUCCUCAAAAGAUAGACCUUGAUUGUGCGAAUUGGCUAGGACGCAACAAAAUCCCUCUAACAUUAGUUUUCACGAAGUGUGACAAGAUGAAGCGAGGAAAGAGGCCUGAUGAGAACAUAAGGAGCUUCCAAGAAGUGAUUAGGGAAAACUACCGGGCGCAUCCUCCGUGGAUCAUGACUAGCAGCGUCACCGGUUUAGGAAGAGACGAGCUUCUCUUGCACAUGUCCCAACUUAGAAACUAUUGGGACCAGUAGAAGGGAUGAGCAAAUCCCAUGGAAUACCCUCAUAAAGUCAAGUUCAACUUUCUUUUUGCUAUUAUCCACAUUCUUGAGAUAACAACUGAAUUUGUACCUCUCAAUGUGUACAGAUAACCCAUGUACAGAAUACGAUGUUUUGUAUCAUUUGAAACCUCUUUUUUA